UACAGGUAACCCUGCGUGAAGACUCUUAGUGGAAACCUAGCAACCUCAGUGCCUCCCUCCCAGCCUGGCAACUACCACACACACCCAGAGCUGGCGCCAGCACUUCAGUCCAGGGGGGAAUGUGUUGUUCUCCUGCUUGGCCUUCUCACUCCUGAGUCCAGUCUCCAAACCCACAUCAGGAGAUGCCAGCCAUGGCACUGGGGUGACUGCUGCAGAUAACUGAGGACCAGGGCCCAGAGCAGUCCUGGGCCCCCUCCCAUUCUGCUGUCAUCGCACAUAGUUUCCAGGAUGCUGGACUCCUCAGUGACAGACCCGAUGACCCGACUGACACUAAGGCUUCUAGAGCAGAAGCUGGAGCAAGAACGAGAGAACAUGGAAGGGAGUUCUGAAGGUGCCCACUUUGUGUCAGGACAACACAGGCCUGAUGCAGCCCUGCAGAGCGCUCUGAGAAGAAGGAAGGACCUUAUGCAGAAACUGUGGGAGCAGCAGCUGCUGGAUGAGCAUGCUGGGAACCUCUCCUGGAAGGGGGCACACAGAGGAGCCCCCACAUCAGCCCUGUGCAGGGAGGCACCUCCUGUGGGUGUGCACCCUACCACCACCCCAGAGCCAGUGAGGAUCAUCCAGCACCCGGUAACCCAGCCUCCUGCCACCAUCAUUCAGCAGCUGCCUCAGCAACCAGUCAUUGCACAGAUUCCUCCUCCUCAGGUCUUUCCCACUCAGAGGCCAGGAAAUAUUAAGGAAGACAUGGUGGAGAUGAUGCUGAUGCAGAACGCGCAAAUGCACCAGAUCGUCAUGCAGAACCUAAUGCUCAAAGCGCUGCCCCCGAGGUCCAAACCCACUUUGUGCUCCGGCCAGGAUCCGCGGUGGGCGUGCCCGGCGGUUCCCCGGGCUGAGAGGCCGCCGGCUCCGGUGCACCACCACCACCACUACGCGCCCGCCGUCCCGCCGCGGAACCUCGCCGGGUACCCCACGUGGGCCCCCGCACUCCCGGCCGCCGCCACAUUCCUGCCCGCCGUGGACCACGUGGCCAGCCUGGGCGCGGGGCCGGUCUUCCGCGAACCAAACUUUGGGGAAGCCGACUGUGGCGCGGGGCUGCCGUCCCACCUAGCUGCACUGGGGGUGCGCCCCUCCCGAAGAAUCCUUCACUGUGAGCCGGGCAAGGGCUGUGUGGAUAUGUAG